AUGUCUUUCAUACACAACAAAUCCAUGGAAUGCGCAAAAUCUGAGCUUGAUAUUUUUGAUGUGCCGCCGACGCAAACCAGCGUAGAGAAAAGUCUAUACGUCGAAGUUCAACCUUUAGCGGCGUUAUCCGAGACAGCUCCGCUUGAAUUCUAUAUAGCGGCCAGUGGUGAACACUACUACGAUCUGAACAAUACGCUGCUGUACGUAACCUGUAAAAUCGUAUGGUCUGACAAUAAUCCGAUACCGCAAGGGGCUCGGGCGGCGCUUAUUAAUUACCCCAUAGCAACUUUAUUCAACCAGGUGGAUGUUUCUUUGGGCGAUAGACUCAUAUCACAAUCCAAUAAUCUUUACGCUUAUAGGGCCUACAUAGAGACCAUACUGAAUUAUAGCUCAGAUGCAUUAUCCACAAAACACACAACAGGAUUAUUUUACAAAGAUGUGGCUGGAGAACACAACACCAGGGCGCUGGAUGGGCUAAACACAGGAUUUAUAAAAAGAGCAAACGCAACGGCGCAAAGUCAAACGGUGGAAUUGCUAGGGCCACUACACUGCGACCUUUUCCAUCAACAUAAGCUAAUCUUAAAUGCUGUUGAUUUGAAGAUAAAACUCACCAGAAACAAAGACUCAUUCUGCUUAAUGUCGGCGGAGGCAGACGCUUUUAAAAUUCAGACUGUCGCUGCGUCCCUAUUUGUGAAAAGAGUUCAGGAUUCACCAGCCGUCCGGAUUGGACACGCUCAGGCCUUGUUAAAUGGCAACGCAAAAUACGCGAUUGAUCGUGUUGGUAUGAAAAUAUACAGCGUACCAAUGGGUAGUAGAGUAUUUCAUUUAGAAAAUUUGUUUUUAGGCCAAGUACCAAAAACAGUUAUAGCAGCAUUUGUAGACAACGAAGCGUUUUCAGGAGCCUAUGACAGGAACCCUCUACGUUUUGAACAUAAAAACGUAAACUUUGCGUCCCUUUAUCUGGAUGGCACCCCGCAUCCCGCCAAGCUAUUUCAACCCGACUUUGAACACGGUAAUGCUGUUCACGAGUACAUGUCACUCAUACAGAUCACAAAUAAGCAGAAAUCAGAUUCAGGUAUACUUAUUGACCGUGUAGAGUACCUCAACGGAUACACGCUAUUCGCUUUUGACCUUUCACCUGAACAGGAAUGCGCUGAGCACCUCUCGCUAAUCGGAACAGGGAAUCUACAUGCCGAAUUCCGUUUUGCUGAAGUAAUAGACCGGACAGUCAAUGUGAUAAUAUAUGCAAUAUUUGAUAAUAUCAUCGAAAUUAAUCAAAGGCGUGAUGUGCUGUAUGAUUAUCUAUAA